AUGGAACAGGUAUGGUUACUGCUCCUGCUGACGAUUAAAGUGCUUUCAGUGACUGCUCAGUUCAAUGGAUACAACUGUGAUGCUAACCUCCAUAGCAGGUUUCCUGCUGAACGAGAUAUCAAUGUUUUCUGUGGAGUACAGACAAUUACUAUGAAGAUAAAUUUUUGCACAGUUCUUUUCUCUGGUUAUUCUGAGACAGAUCUGGCACUGAAUGGGAAACAUGGGGAUGCCCAUUGCAGGGGUUUCAUCAAUAACAACACCUUUCCAGCAGUGGUUAUUUUCAUCAUCAAUCUGAGUACUUUGGAAUCCUGUGGAAACACUUUAGUGGUAUCCUCAGCUCGAGGUAUCAAUGCUUAUGGAAAUACCUCAGUGGUACAGAUAGGUAAUGUUUCAGGCUAUAUUGAUACACCAGACCCACCAACGAUUAUCAGCUAUUUGCCUGGGCUUCUGUACAAAUUUAGCUGUAGCUAUCCACUGGAGUACUUGGUUAACAAUACCCAGCUUGCUUCGUCAUCAGCUGCUAUUUCUGUAAGAGAGAACAAUGGUACAUUUAUCAGCACUUUGAAUUUGUUGCUUUACAAUGAUUCAACCUACAGCCAGCAGCUCCUUAUUCCAAGUACAGGUUUACCUUUGAAAACCAAAAUAUAUGCAGCUGUAAGAGCAACCAACCUUGAUGGCAGGUGGAAUGUUUUGAUGGACUACUGUUACACCACACCAUCUGGUAAUCCUAGCGAUGAUCUUCGAUAUGAUCUUUUUUUCAGCUGUGACAAGGACCCACAGACAACUAUAAUUGAAAAUGGCAAGAGCCAAAUGGGCCGGUUUUCCUUUGAGGUAUUUCGCUUUGUGAAGCACAAGAACCAGAAGAUGUCUACGGUCUUCCUUCACUGCGUGACAAAGCUGUGCAGAGCAGAUGACUGUCCCUUUCUUGUGCCAAUUUGCAGUAACAGAGAAAGAAGAGAUGCUGGUGGGAGGACGACUUGGAGCCCUCAGAGCACCUCUGGCAAUGCUGUAAUCUCUGCUGGCCCCAUCAUUACAAGGAGUGAUGAGACGCCAACCAACAAUUCACAGCUCGCUCAUCCAAACGGACCUCCUUUCCAGCUGAACUCGGUCACCAGCGCACUGAUUUCAGGCAUUGUUGUCCUAGGAAUCACAAGCAUUUUCUUUUUUGUGUGUUCCCUAACUCUUCUGCACAGAAAGUGGCCCAACAGUUCAGUCUUGAGUGGCAUCCGAAACCCAGUUUUCAACUGA